AUGAUGAUUGAGGAUGUGAACCAAGCACUUGGUCUUGAUCUCCCGAGGCAUGUUGAGACUAUCAAAGCGAUUAUCUACCACAUCAUUCACAAGGUGUUUUCCUUUACCAGUGAGGACUCUGAUCGUAGAGAGAAACGUGCUGAUGAAUUAGCUGAUGCACUUCGUAGAACUUUAUUUUCCAAAAGACAUCUGGUCCUUGUUGAUGAUGUGUGGGAAUCUAGUGUAUGGGAUGAUUUAAGGCCUUGCAUCCAUGAUAGAAGUAAAAUCAUUCUAACAACGCGGCAUCUUGAAAUUGCCAAUUGUGCUACAUCUAUUAGUGGUCCAGUUCAUCUUCGAAUGCUUAAUGAUGACGAAAGUUGGAAGUUACUAGAAGAUAAGAAAGAGUGUUUGGUAAAGAAAGUUGGUCAACAUAGGAAAAGGAAUUGGAGGCGCUACUAA